AUGGUUGCCUUAUUAUUUGAUAUCCGUUGUCUUAUAUUAUUAUUUACUGUUGUUCAAUAUGUAUCUCUUUACAGAAUCUAUCCACUUGAUGAUGAUGAUCAAUCGAAUUUAUUAAGCUCAUCUUUCAAUGAAAAAUUCGAUCGACCGAUACGAGAUACACAUAAUGGAUAUGAAGAUUUCUUUUUAAAUGCAAUCAAUAAUGACUACAAGGAUAGUUUUGAAGAAUUGAAAGCAAACUCAAAACGUUCAAUUACACGUAUGAGAUUGUCAACAAUACCACAACGUCGCAAUAAUCGACCACAUUGGAAUCCAUUAGUAGCUGCUUAUAAACGUUGUGGUGAAUUAGUAUCGAAUGAAAAACGCGAAAAUUGUUUCAAAGAUGCCGUACAAAUGCUUUUUGUGCAUAAACUAAGAAAAUAA